GCUUAUAAGUGCGAUGCCAGCAAAUGGUACCGAGAUCUUGCCACCGCUUCUCCCUGUUUCACCUGAGGACCAUGGAGCGUGGGUGAUUACCGUGAGUACUAUAUUGUUGAUAGUCGUGGCUUUGGCGACUUCGGUGACGCUUAUCUCGCGGGUGCGAAUUCUUCGCUCGUUGACUUGGACUGACACUUUCCUCGUUGCGGCAACGGUAAGUAUACCAUGUUGUAUGUUCUUUGCUGGAAUAUAUUGACCAUUCCUGGAAGAUCCUUUUCAUUCUUCAAACGACUUGCGUGAACUUUGCCAGUUCGAACGGUAUCGGUAAGCACAGGGAUGCGUUAAAUGAUGUGGCGUUUCAAUUACGUGCAGUUUGUCUGCGCA